UUGCAUCAGAAAACAGAAUAACAGAAUACUGAUAAGUUAUAAGUUGGCGAUCUUCGGUGAAUGAGUUUCAGUAGAAAACAGUGUUAAGUGUGAAUUGUCUUCAUGAGAAAAUCCUAAAAAAAACUUCGCAAUUAUCAAUUUAGUUGACAGCUGCAGGAAAACCCGGAAAAACCUGCAGCACCACAUCAUCUGGAGAUCUUGAUCUGCCAAAGUCAUCUCUUAAAACAAAAUGUAGGGUAUCUCCAGAGGCUCCAACAAAUUCAAUACAUCGCCAGAACACUUCGUGACACGACUAUCAUCAAACCUAAACCACUCCGUUUCGUCUUUGACAAAGGCGUAAUAAUGCCCAGAUUCAACGUCACAACCACAGUGAACAAUGACUGCAUGAAGAUUAUAAUAGUGGUCUGCUAGAUUGAAGUGUUCAUUGAUUUGGAACCUUCGUAAGAGUUUGGUGCUUCCGUCAGAGGUUGAGUCAUGUUUGAAGAUCAUCAGUGUUAUUAUUGGAUUGACUGGUGUCUCAGUCAGUGAGAUGAUUUAACAAUAAGCUUUGCUCAUUACUGGAAAAGCAUGAUUAUUAUCUUCGAGAUGAAGUUGUGUAGUAUCCAGAACUGAGUUAAUUUUGGCAACUCAAAACAAGCUACGAUUUUCUAAAAUAUAUAAAAAAAUUGCAAAAAUUGGUGUAUUUUAUAUGCGACGAAAAGUAGCAUCAAAUGUUCAUUUUCUGUUAAUCUGGAUAUGAAGCAAAAAAUCGUUCAAGAAUUCUUCACUAGGCUAUCAAAGGCCUCGAUAAAUUUUGUGACUGCCAGUUCAUCACAUUUUUGGUUCCAUCAUGGACAAAAUCAAAACGAUAGCGUGUGUUGACACCAGUACUUCCACCAGAGGUGAUGUAAAAUAUUAUAGCAAAGUAAAUUCUCUCAUUAGAGAUGCUUUCAAAAUCAUUACAUGGAACUCCGGUGCAGAAGAAGUAAACAACAAUGUUUUGGAUGAAUAUCAAGCAUGUGGUUAUACUCUACCCCAAGCAUUUUUGGAAAUACUGAAGACAUAUGAUUUCAAAUAUCAGCUUCUAGUAACAACAGACGGGCAAGUAUGUGACCACGACAUUGGUAUAUGCGAAUCCAUACUGCAGAGCAGUAAUAUACUGGACAACAUUGAACACUUCAAGAUAUACUAUAUUGGAGAAGAAGUGCAAAUGAAUAUGAAGUUGGAUAAUUUAUUCACUUCUCCAAAGUUCAACAAAGAAAUUUUCAUCAAUGAGAAAGUUAGUUGUACAGUCGACAUCAACAUAGAUUUUGAUAAGAUUUGUGUUGAAGAUAUAAUAGAAAAGAAUGAUUUCAAAGCUAGUAUCAUCUCUCGUUUAUCCAGAUUUCCCGAAAAAAGAUUACAGCUUCGUUCUGAAGUGUGUAAACUGACCAAAAGACUUUUGAACCAGCUGGUCGACAAAAAUGUGUCCAUAAAAGAAUUUUUCGACAAUAAAGACGUGGACGGGUGUAUAACGUUUAUUAAAAACAGUCCACCAAGCGAUAAAAAAGUUCUACAGCAAAAGAUAUCAGACAUAUUGAACUUGUUCAAGAAUAAUACCGAUAUAUACACGUUGUCACACUUGUCUAAUACUCGCACUUUGCACAAGGUGGACGUGUCAGUUCCUCUUGAAGGGGAGGAUUUCGAAAAUGAUGAGGAUAUUGAAGAGGGUGACAAUGCGAUGUUUUGCGACAUCAUGUUCACCAAAUGUACCCAUUUGUGUCUCUUGAUUAGAAAUCCCAAAGAGAAUAUAAUUCCAGAUUUAAUCAGCAAGCAAAUAUCCAUCCAUCCAUUUUUGACUCUAAGUCAUGAGGAUAUUAUCAAGAAAAUAGUUGAUUUGGUGGAAUACCAACAGAUUGAUCUGAGUAGUUACUCCCAGCUGGAAAAUAAAUUCAUAUCCCCAUUCACGAGGCAUCCUCUCAAAGGCGUCUACAUAUUCAACAGUGGAACUACUGACGAUCUAAACUUCGAGCUCAUCAAGAAAAACAAUAACAGAGCUAUCUCUGUUAUUUUCGGCUCUGGUAACAAACUCCCCGGAAACAAAGAUAUUUGGAAUGUCCUCUUCCUUUACAUUCUUAUGAAGCAUCAUCCCAAAUGGAAGAACGAAUCGGAAAUCUUCAAGAGAGAGAUAAGAUAUAUAUCGGAAAAAACAAAAUCUUUCUUGAGUCUGAGCCCUCUGCUAGACCCUAAUAUAAUAGAUCAACUAAACGUUUGUCUCUGGUACGUUGUAAAUGUAUCCCAUAAAAUAUUCCCAAACUCGUCCAAGAAUAUAUUGAGAGAAAUGGGGGCAAGUUCGCAGAGCUUCCUUGAUUUUUAUUCCGAAGUAUUCGAUACCGUUAAUGAAGAAAUAUAUACUGCAAAUAAAUCCUGGCUCGUCUGGAAUUAUAUGGUGCAACAGAAGUCGGACAGAAAGAAGUUGAAGGGCGAAGUACUGGCUCAAUACCAGAAUCAUAAAGAAAUCAAUGGCUCGCUGGUGUUUUUUUCCGGUCCUUGUGAGAAGAGGUAUGAGUCAUUUUUGAAUACUUUACCCGUUGAAAAAGUAUUGGGGCUGUACAGUAUUCUCUCUGUUCGUUCAGGGAAAUUCGACGAAGUCUAUGUUCCAGAUACGCCUCCAAAUGUCACAAUUGUGAAUAUUCUUGAUACACUCGAGAAUUUUGAGACAUCACAACACGUAGUCAUAUGUUUAAAGACUUGCCAGCUUACUAUAAUUUGUCCAGUGACUGGAAAAUAUUGGAAGGAAUGUGCAGGGAACUACAACGUAAAAAACGCUUCAUAUUUCAGAACUUUCAGGGACUAUUGCAUAAAAAAGAAAAAGUACCCCAGAGACGAGUACGAUUUGAUCACUUAUCACAGUGACAAACAUUAUAAUAGAUGCUCAGAAUUCUUGAUUUAUCCGUCUUAUAUACUAGAAGAAUUUGGAUUAGUUAUGAGAAAAUUCGAGAAUGUCAUGAAAAUGUAUCCCGUUGAAGAGUAUCUUAAAAUAUCGAAUGCGAACAACUCCGAAGUGGAUCGUCUAGUCACUGAAAAUUUAUGUGACUUUGAGUCCUGUAAUCAUCUACGAAAUGUACCGUGUAAUAUCCCACUUGGACAUAGUCGAAACAAGGAUUCAUUUUCAAAGUGACAUGUUGAAGGUUAUACUAGUAUUUCAAUGGGCAGUUUCAGAUCCAUUUCUUGAAUGGAAAAACUCAAAUGACCUUUUAUAUUGGACUUCAUGAUAACAAACGAAACGAACGUUUGUUUGAAGGUGGUUGACAAUGUUUCGUGGUGUAUUUCAUCAGUUCGGACUUCCAUUGUCUAAUAUAAUAU